CCCCGCAGUUUUCCACUUUCAUGGCGUCUCACGCCAUAGUUCUCCAAAAUCUCUCUUUUAUCCCUCCUUCUUCGCAGUCCUCAUUCUUCCCAGUCUUUCAAUCGAAAUUCAGUUUUGCUUCUCGGUCCGAUUCUGUUGCACUCAAUGCCCAUCGUCACCAAGAAGCAGAAUCUUCACUUGAAGAUAACAAGAGUAGCACUGAGAAGAAGAAGAAGAAUAAGACAGAAAAGGAGCUUCGACCCAAUUUCUAUCACCAAACCUUGAAGAAAUGGUCCGUCAAGAUCUCCUCCCAGAGAACCAAGUUACCAUGGCAGCAACAAGGAGCGGAGGAAACGGAGAGAGCCGUGCAUUGCUCUCCGGCUACAGGUACGCAUGUGGAUCUUCCAACUAAUCGAACCAGUUUAGUGUUCUCGGACGGCGGGUCGAAGUCGAGAUCCGCGCGAGGAGACCUUGAAAUCGAUUCCUCCGACUACAAUCAAGCGAGACCAAGGAACUCACCGCGUGCUUUGGCUGAGCGCAAUUCGCUAACCGAAGCCAAUUGCGUUAAGUUAGGGUUGGGAAUUCGUUUUCCGUCAGCUCCUUGGGCACGACGAGUAGAAUUCAAAAGUUCUAGGGUGCCGUGUGAUCGUGAUUUGGCUGACAAUAGUCAUGAUGAUGAAUCUAGUUCUAGUAGGAGCACUGUUUCUUCAUUUAUUCGGAGGGAUUGGGAACUUCAGAUGCAAGAAGCAGAAGCUAUUUCAUUGCCCAGCGUUAGGGCCAAAGCAAGGAAAUCCCAGUUUAGCAUUCAAGCUGAAGCAGUUAUCCCAUAUCAGGAUCGUAAAUAUGAUGCUGAGUGUCUGGAAGAAUCAAUGGAUCGCUGUAAUCCAGAAGAUGCUGGAGGUUCUGUUGGUUCCUACUAUGAAAAGAUUUUGACAAAUUCCCUUUCUGAUACUGAUGAUUCAAGGGAUUCUUUAUCAUUCCCAUGGGGGAAUGGGGAUGAUGUAAGCAAGAUGGAUCCUUUUCGCAGAAGAAGCAAUACUGAUAUGGCUGAGAGAACCAUUCCAGAGCCUGAGCUGCGUAGGCUUAGGAAUGAGGCGCUGAGAAUAAAAGAGAGAAUGAGGAUAGGUCCUGCUGGGGUUACUGAAGCUGUUGUGGAAAGUAUUCGUCAGAAAUGGAAGGAAGUUGAGGUGGUCAAGUUACGUAUAGAAGGUCCUCCGAGUCUCAACAUGAAGAGGACAAAUGAAAUUUUGGAGAGAAAAACGGGAGGCAUUGCUAUUUGGAGGUCUGCAAGUUCAAUUGUGUUGUACAGAGGUCUGAACUACAAGCUUCCUUGUGCACGCUCGCUCGCAAUAAUCUCUGAUACUACUACUAGUAUGGAUGGUUCAAGUUCAUCACACUCAAAUCAUUCUACUAAAGCCAAGGGCACAUUAAAGAUUUUGGAUCAAUUUGAUGCUGAUAUUGAAUUAUUUAGUGCAAGAACAUUUGAAGCUCCUUUAGAUGCUUCUCAUAUUGAUUCUAUUUUAAACCAGUUGGGACCAAGAUACAAAGAUUGGUCUGGUCGUGACCCACUUCCUGUUGAUGCUGACUUGCUUCCUGACAUUGUUUCUGAUUACAAACCUCCUUACAGACUUCUUCCAUACAAAAUGAAAAGAAGCCUUACGAACAGGCAAAUGACAUUUCUUCGGAGGAUUGCGAGAUCCAUGGCUCCUCAUUUUGCUCUCGGGAGAAACAAACAACUUCAAGGGUUGGCCAAUGGUAUGGUCAAAUUGUGGGAGACGAGUGCUAUCACAAAAAUAGCUAUUAAGCGUGGUGUGCAAAAUACUUCAAAUGAGAGGAUGGCAGAAGAGAUCAAGGAAUUGACAGGAGGAACUCUGCUUUCUAGGAACAAAGAGUAUAUUGUAUUUUACCGGGGAAAUGACUUUUUGACACCUUGUAUAAGGGAUACAUUAAUCGAAAGAACGAAACUGGCGCAGGAUGUUGAAGAAGAAGCUCGGUCCAGAGCAUCUGGUUUAAUUAGUUCAAACUCUAAAGCUGUUGAAGGUCCAUUUGUUGCUGGUACUCUUACAGAAACUUUGAAAGCAUACACUUACUGGGCAAACCAACCUAGCGGUGAGGACAGGGAAAAGAUGAGAAGAGAUUUAGCCUUAUCACAGCAAGAGUCUCUUGUUAGAUAUCUGGAGCAUAAGCUAUCACUAGCAAUUGCGAAAGUGCAGAAUGCUGAGAAAGCCUUGGCAAAAGUGCAGGAAACUCUACGACCGGCCAAUCUUCCAACCGAUCUCGAAACUGUUACCGACGAGGAGCGGGUCUUAUUUCGUAAAAUUGGACUUAAAAUGAGAUCCCAUCUACUUUUAGGGAGGCGUGGAGUUUUUGAUGGUACCAUAGAAAACAUUCACCUAAAUUGGAAACAUAUGGAGCUAGCAAAGAUAAUUGUCAAGGCAAAAAAUUUUGCUCAGGUAAAGCAUAUUGCUAUCUCUAUUGAGGCUGAGAGUGGUGGGGUGUUGAUUUCAGUUGAUAAGACCACCAAAGGCUAUGUAAUAAUUCUAUAUCGAGGAAAGAACUACCAGAGACCAAACAUUUUGAGGCCGAAAAAUCUUUUGUCAAAAAGGGAGGCACUAGCACGCUCCAUAGAGCUUCAAAGGCGUGAGGCUUUGAACUAUCAUAUCACAAAUCUGAACCAAAAAAUCCGGAUGCUGAAAUCACAACUUGCUCAAAUGAAACUUAACAGAGAACCAAGCAGUCAAGAUACAUGCAGUGAAGUUGUAGAUGAUUUUUCUGAUGGUAAUGUUGAGGAUGAAUGUGAAGAGGCCCAUCUAGAACGUAUGCUUCAACGGGAAAGGAGAUGAUUCCGAUUCGCUGAGCAGAAUUCAAUUUUGAAAGAAGCAGUUCCCUAUUAUUGAACAGGCUUCAAUACACCUUCAACAAUGUAGUUUUAAGGUUCGACAUGAGUGCCAACACAGAGGUUUUACUCUUAAUCUGAACGCUCCCCACUUGUUCUCUGGGAAACUGUGUUCGCAAUUUUUUUUUAAUGUGUAAUUAAUCUAAACAUUUGUAGAUAUCAAGUUUGAGUGCAAUUUUAGACCAUAUAUGUUUAGUUUCGUUUUGAUUUAUUGUACUAUUUAGAUUUUCUG